GUAAAGUUGGGUUUACGACAACCCUCGGAUUUUUAGGGUUAGGAUCCACAAAAGGAAAAAAAAAAAUCAUCUCACCUCCUUUGCGUCGUAACAGACAUAGAGAACGGUCAAAAAUGGGCCGUCGACCAGCCAGAUGUUACAGAUACUGUAAGAACAAGCCAUACCCAAAAUCACGGUUCUGUCGUGGUGUACCAGAUUCAAAAAUUCGUAUUUUUGAUUUGGGUAAAAAAAAGGCUCCAGUAGAAGAUUUUCCUCUAUGUGUUCAUCUUGUAUCUGAUGAAUAUGAACAACUCAGUUCAGAAGCACUUGAAGCUGGACGUAUUUGCUGUAAUAAAUACAUGGUUAAGCAUGCUGGUAAAGAUCAAUUCCAUAUUCGUAUGAGAGUUCAUCCUUUCCAUGUCAUCAGAAUCAACAAGAUGUUGUCAUGCGCUGGAGCUGAUAGGCUUCAAACUGGUAUGAGAGGUGCUUUUGGUAAACCACAAGGUACAGUUGCACGUGUACGUAUUGGACAACCAAUCAUGAGUGUACGUUCACUUGAUCGUCAUAAGGCAGUUGUUAUUGAAGCUCUUCGUCGUGCCAAAUUCAAGUUUCCAGGUCGUCAAAAGAUCUAUGUAUCCAAAAAAUGGGGUUUCACUAAAUACGAACAUGCUGAAUAUGAACAACUUAAAGCUGAUUAUCGUCUAUUGCCUGAUGGAUCAAACGUUAAAUAUCUACCUGAACAUGGUCCACUUUCACAAUGGAAAAAAUUCCGCGAAAUUUUAACUGCUUCUAAUUAAUUUGUCAAAUUAUUAUAAGCGUCAAAAUGAAAAUAAAAAACAAAAAUCAUAA